AUGAAUCAAGUUUUGCAAAAGCGAGAUCUUGCACGAUUGACACUCUUGACAAAUUCAUCGACCCUUGCUGAUGCACAAAUGAUUAUGAACGUGUCAAUUCAAUACGCACUUGAACAACAAUUGCUAAUAAACAAUUAUCAAGAUAAGUCGAACAUUUCUAUAUUGCAAAUGUCUGCCGAUACGGAUGAUUCAAGUAACAUGAGUGUUACAUUAGACUUUGUCAUUAUGUAUGCACAUGAAUGUUUAACCUGUGAUCAACGUCGACAACGGAUUAUUUUCAAUCAAUUGUGCUCAUAUAAACAACUGUCAUCACCAAUCUAUUUUUUGAUACAAAAUUCAAACCUGUCUUAUACUGUCUCGAACGCAAUUAUAGUUUACACUCCGUAUAUUUCCAUCGACAAAAUUGUUGUCGUUACUAAAAUUAUCUCAAAUACACCUUCCGGCAGCCAAAUUAACAUAACGCAAAGCAAUAAUUCAUCAAAAUUGAGUAGUAUUUUCUCUGUCAAGAAUUGUACGAUGAUUGUUUCUACCAGUAAAAGCAACUACAUUGCAACGUUAGAUGCGACAAGCACACAAACUUCAGCGAGUCAAAACGAUGGACCUGUUCCACUCGUCGCAGCUUCUACUAUGUAUCCUGCACUGGCACAAAUAAUUGAACGCCAAGCACAAUUUCCUAAUGGUUCGAAUGCAUUUAAUAUCACUAUCAGUAAUGUCAUUUUGCAAUUUUGGUAUUCUAAUAGUACGAUUCAAAUGAUUAGUGAUUUUAUGAUCAAUUUUGCGACAAGUUGCGAUACUUCAUGCAUGAAUCAGAGAAAUAUACAAAUAGCAAGUCAAUUAGGCAACUUGACGAAUACUUCAAUUUAUAUGCAGCCAGCGAAUACGUCGAAUGGACAAGUUCAAAUUCUGAAAAACGGUGUUUACGCUUCAUACGAUUAUUCUCUGACAAUUCAAGUCAUCACCAACUUUAGUGGGACAAUCGUUCACACAAGUUCACCCACACUUACGACCAUUUAUUGA